AUGCCAAACUUAACAAUCCAUAAAUUUAACUUCUUGUUUUUCUUUUCUUUCUUCUUCUUCUUCUUCUUCUUCUUCUUCUUCUUCUUGUUUCAUUGUCUUUCUUCAUACUCUUUUUUCUUCUUCUCCGUCUUUCUUCUUCUUCUUAUUAUUAUUAUUCUCGUUUCUUCUUCUUCUUUUCUUCUUCUUCUCCUUCUUUUACUGCUUCUUCUUGUUCAUUUUUCUUCUUUUUAUCUUCCUUUUUCUUCUUAUUCUUCUUCUCUUUCUUUCUUUUCCUUCUUCUUUUUUCUUCUUUUUCUCCCCCUCCCUCCUCCUCCUCCUUCUUCUUCUUCUUCUUCGUUUCCGCUUUUCUUCUUCUUUUUCUUCUUCUUUUUUAAUUGUACUUCUAUUUUCUUUUUCUUCUUUCUUUCUUCUAUUUUCUUUGUCUUUUUUCUUUUUCUUCUUUCUUAUUCUUCUUUUCCUCCUUUUCUUCUUCUUUUUCUUCUCCUUCUUCUACUUCUUCUAUGCGCUGUGGCAUCUUAUCUGCCCAGAUACUAUCAUCAGAAAACCAACCCCCCAGCUAUCUAUCUAUCUAUCUAUCUAUCUAUCUAUCUAUCUAUCUAUCUCAUCAUAUCUAUCUAUCUAUCUAUCUAUCUAUCUAUCUAUCUAUCUCUCUCUCUCUCUCUCUCUCUCUCUCUAUAUAUAUAUAUAUAUAUAUAUAUAUAUAUAUAUAUAUAUAUAUAUAUAUAUAUAGAUAGAUAG